AUGCUCACUCAAACUACCCUCCGCGGUUUCCGCGCCCAUGCCCCCAUAUCGAUAUUGGCGCAACCCGCAUUCCUGCGACAACCUGCUCUUCGCGCCUCGCAACUGUCUCAGAUAGCUCAAAGGGUCUCCCCUCACAAGUCUUCGCGAUGGAUAUCCAGUCUACCAUUACGAAGAGCUAAUACGCCGGCAAACCACGCGGCACCAGGACCCUCCUCCACCCGACGCGCAUUCACCACCAACCCAAACCCCCAAUCCCAAUACAACCGCUACAACCAAUACAACCGCUUCGGCAACAACCGCGGCUCCCUCUUCUUCACAUUAAUCCAAAAUGCCAAACCGCACCACUUCGUCAUCCUAGGUCUCGGGAUCUCAGGCGUAUACUUCUACAACACGGACGUCGUGUCGGAAACCGGCCGUCGCCGGUUCAUCUGCGUUUCGCCCGAACAAGAACUCAAGUUCGGCGAGGAGGGAUACCGCGAAACGCUCAAUCAGGCGCGUGGCAAGAUCCUGCCUGACUAUCAUCCGCUUACGAAGUCUGUGGAUCGAGUGUUGCGGAGGUUGAUUCCGCUUGCCCCGAUUGAGGGGGCUGAUUGGAAGGUUCAUGUUAUUAAGGAUGAUGGGAUGGCGAAUGCGUUUGUUUUGCCUGGAGGAAAGGUAUUCGUCUACACUGGUAUUCUGCCAAUCUGCGAAGAUGAGGAUGGCUUGGCUGCUGUUCUGGGACAUGAGAUUGCGCACGUUGUUGCACGGCAUCCGGCUGAGCGGAUGAGCAAUAGUUUCCUUACGCUCGGCGCUGUGUUUGCGGUUUCGCUUCUGUUUGACGUCUCGGGGCAGCUUUCUUCGCUUGUGCUCAAUUUGAUGUAUAAUUUGCCAAAUUCGCGAUCGCAGGAGGCCGAGGCGGAUAAUAUUGGGCUGAUGAUGAUGUCCAAGGCCUGCUUUAACCCAGAGGCUGCUGUUCGACUGUGGGCUCGGAUGCAAAAGCAGGAAAAGGGCUCUCCCCCCGCAGUUUAUGUCCACCCAUCCUUCCAGCUACAACAGAGAGGAAGCCAUUCGCUCGAGAAAGCCGAAAGCAUCUACGAGGACAAUGGUUGCAGCUCCGUUGGAAAAUAUAGUAAGAUUCUGAGUACUAAGAAUGAAUUUGAGCAAGAACUGACUCUGAAAGUGCCGGGCUUCCACGAUGCGGCCAAGUCGUACACUCCCUCUUAUGGGUGGUGA